AUGUUUGACAUGGAAAGUGGUGGGACAGUGCGGUGUCCCGCGAUGGAGGCGGCCGCGACCGUGGCCCCCUUGGCCUCAGAUGGGUCUCCAUCCUCGGCCAACAGUUCAGACCUGUUUUUGUACGACGACUCCUCGAUGUCAGACGGCAGUUUGUACGCUAGCGAUCAAGAAAAUCACUCAAUUCCUAGAAAAAGGCCAGAAUGUCGGCGGUUGCACAAGCGUCGCUCCCGCUGCCCCCAGCAGCAAAUUCAGCAGCGCCAAGCCGCCAACUUGCGCGAGCGCCGGCGUAUGCAGUCCAUCAACGAUGCUUUCGAAGGCCUGCGCGCACACAUCCCAACGCUGCCAUACGAGAAGCGCCUGUCCAAAGUCGACACGCUCAAACUGGCCAUCGGGUACAUCAGCUUUUUGGGUGAACUGGUACGGGCUGACAGAGAUUCGCCGGAUUCAAUGCUGUCAGGAAUGGGAAAUAUAAAACAUAAGGAAGAACAAAAGAAAGUUAUUAUAAGAGGAAGCAACUUGCAAGCUCACUCGCUCUCGUGGUCGCGGCGCGGGGAGCGACCCCCGGGCAGCACUCUCCACGCCAAAAUCUGGAUACCAGAGGAUCCCCGCCUCUUCAACAACGCAAACAAUGUCAUGGACAAGGAGGAAUUAAGAUAAAUUCUCUUUGUUUCGCAAUAUAGGUAUUCAUUGAUCUCAAUUAUUGUUACUAAUUUCAGUCUAUGGUAAGCCAGCUAAAAAUUGAGAGGAAAAUACCCAGUCUUACUGGACAUAAGAAGUAGCAUUUGCGGACCGGACUUUAGUUCGUGCUACCCCUGACCCUACAACGUGCUACUACCUUCUGGCUAAUGAUUAGUAAUGAUAUACUAAAUACAUAACAUGUAAAAUGAUUGAAACAUACUUAGAAAGUAAAUUGUUCCCUGUCUCCUCAUAGAAACACCACUAUAAUACACACAUUCAUAGUAUAUUUUUUAUUUAGGUACUUAUUGAUGUUCUUGUAUAAAUUAAUAUUGAAAAUAAUUAUUAUGUGACUGGCGACAGCAGUAAAAGUUAAUUAGCUUAGAAUAGAAUACAUUUUUGACGUGGAACUAAAGACACCAAGGAAAAAUAGAGUACUUAGGUAGGCUUAAGAUGUUCAAUAAUCCAGUAUUAGUAGUAAUUAUUUUAACUAUUAAAAAUGUUCAUAAAAUAGCAGGUUUUAAAUUGGAAUUAGAAUAAUCAGGUAAAUGUAAAGUGUUACCUUAGUUAUUAUGGGUUAAUUAUAGGUAGUUGAAAGCCGACCAACUUAAUUAAAUACAGUGACGU